UUUGAUCCUCUUAGGGUGACCGCUCAUCUCGCCUCAGCCUUGGGUGGACAGAGAUGGCGAGCGGCGGGCAAAAAGUGGUGCUGAUCACCGGGUGCUCGUCGGGCAUCGGCCUCAGGAUGGCCGUGAUGCUUGCCAAGGACCACCAAAGGCGUUACCACGUCAUAGCUACGAUGCGAGACCUGAAGCGCAAGGACAAGCUGGUGGAAGCUGCUGGGGACGCGUACGAGAAAACACUCUCUCUGGCCGUGCUGGACGUGUGCAGCGACGAGUCGGUCAAACAGUGUAUCGACACCAUCAAGGAUCGCCACGUCGACGUCCUUAUCAACAACGCGGGCAUCGGUCUGGUGGGCCCACUGGAGAGCAUCCCCAUGGAGGAGAUGAAGAAGGUGUUCGAGACCAAUUUCUUCGGCGUAAUUCGGAUGAUUAAGGAGGUGAUGCCGGACAUGAAGAGACGCAAAGGAGGACACAUCAUCGUGGUCAGCAGUGUCAUGGGACUCCAAGGAGUUGUCUUUAAUGACAUCUACGCGGCUUCUAAGUUUGCCAUGGAGGGCUUUUGCGAGAGUCUGGCCGUGCAGCUGCUGAAGUUUAACGUCACGUUGUCGAUGAUUGAGCCUGGCCCGGUUCACACGGAGUUUGAGGCCAAGAUGAUUCAGGACGUGCGGCGGAAGGAGUACCCGGGAGCCGACCCGGACACGGUGCACUACUUCAAGAACGUCUACCUGCCGUCUUCUGUGGACAUAUUCGAGACGCUGGGACAAACGCCGGACGACAUAGCCAGAUGCACCAAGAAGGUGAUCGAAGCCAGCAGCCCUCGAUUCCGCAACCUGACCAACCCCUUGUACACGCCCAUCGUGGCGCUCAAGUACGCCGACGAGACGGGCGGCCUGUCAGUUCACGCCUUCUACCACAUGCUCUUCAACCUGGGCCCGCUCAUGCACGUCAGCAUGACCGCCAUGAAGUAUCUCACCUGCGGCUGUCUGAGGAGCCGCACUGUGUCGCCAAACUAAGGAAGCAUAUUGACCGCUGACUUACACUGAAUCAACACUACAUUACCAUUAGGGGUGAAAAUUGUGAAAAUGAAAUGAAAAUGCACGACUCAGGGGCCGUCAACCUCAUUGUAGUUAUGGUUCUCCUCAGAGGGCCGUUAUGACUGUGAAACCAUAUGGACAUCAUAUUAUUACAUAUACACAACAAAUUGAUGGAUAACUAGUUUUGAACUCGGAAGUGAAGGAUAAUAGUUUGUUCCACUAUUUUUCAAGGUACGUACCGAACUGUGAUUUUUGGCUCAACGUUACACCCCUAUUUGCCAUAGACUACUGCAUUUACAUGCUCAUCAGAAAAAAGAGAUUCCCCUAGUAAAGCUAGUGUUAAUUCAUUGUCAUGCCAUAUUUUCUUCUGUACAUACAACUGCUGAAAUAAACAAAUCACUUCAA